CUGUCAAUUGCUCCUAACAGAGCGGAAGAGGCGAAGCGAGAUAUUUCAUUCUAGCCAAAAUCUGUCCAAAAAUCAACCCAAUGGGCUUAUUUUUGGACCUAAGCUUGUAGUGUGCCUUUCAGCCUUUGGGACAAUGACUCCCAUUGUUAGGGCGGAGACAUGAGCGUCUCGUCAUUAUAUAAAACAUCUCUGCUCAUGAGCAUGGGAUAAAUCGCUUGAUGAAUCAUACAUACAUACCCUUACCUCGGUGUGACUGGAGCAUUUUCCUCCGAAUUAACGGCAACGUUUAGCUUCAAUCUCUUAAAACUUUUAAAAGUGUUGAAUUACAACUAUAUCUGCAACGAAAUGAAGCGGUAUAUUUUUCUGGGUGUUCUUUCGAUGUAUUACCUCCAGGUGUCAAGCUCGAGCUCUGCCGCGCACGGGUGUUUCUGCCAGGUGACCGGUAGCUUGGAUGACUGCGCUUGUGAUGUGGAGACAAUUGAUGCCUUCAACAAUGAGCGACUCUUCCCCAAACUUCAGAAGCUGCUCGAGUCUGACUAUUUCAGGUUUUAUAAGGUGAACCUGAAUAAGCCAUGUCCAUUCUGGACAGACAAUGGCCUCUGUGGGCAAAAGAACUGUGCCGUGAUACCAUGUACACCAAAUGAGGUUCCAGAGGGAAUCAAAACAAAUGGCCAUCACAAUAAGUACUCAGCUGAAGCAAACAACCAGGAGUGUGAGAAGGCUGAGACGCUUGGAGCAGUGGACAGCUCCCUCAGUAAGGAGACCAGGCAGGCCCUCCUGGAAUGGAACAAGCAUGAUGACGAGGCAGAGCGAUUCUGUGUGAUUGAUGAUGAGGAGUCUCCUGAUUCCCAGUACGUGGAUCUACUGCUAAAUCCAGAGCGCUUCACUGGAUACAAGGGGCCAGAGGCRUGGCAAAUCUGGAACAGCAUCUAUGAGGAGAACUGCUUCAAACCAUACACUGUGAAGCGACCUCUAAAUCCUAUGGUAUCUUACAGUGGAACUGAUGGGAAGACAUUUUACAGUUGGCUGGAUGGCCAGUGUGUGGAAAAGAGGGCUUUCUUUCGGCUCGUCUCUGGGCUCCACUCUAGCAUCAACAUACACCUGAGUGCCCGGUACCUCCUAGAUGACAACUGGUUCCAGAAGAAGUGGGGUCACAAUGUCUCUGAGUUCCAACAACGUUUCGAUGCCCAGCUGACCAACGGUGAGGGCCCAAAAAGGCUGCGCAACCUCUACUUCCUCUACCUGAUCGAGCUGCGUGCCCUGGCCAAAGUCCUGCCUCUUCUCCAGCGCCCCUCCUUCCAGCUGUACACUGGCCAACCCACCCAGGACCGACAACACAAACGCGUGCUCCUAGAGCUCCUCCAGGUGGCCAAGUCUUUCCCUUUGCACUUUGACGAGACGUCUCUGUUUGCUGGGAAUAAGGAGGAAGCUGCCAAUCUCAAGGAGGAUUUCAGGCUGACCUUCCGCAACAUCUCCAGGAUCAUGGAUUGUGUGGGCUGCUUUAAGUGCAGGCUCUGGGGCAAACUACAGACUCAGGGGUUAGGCACAGCCCUGAAGAUCUUGUUUUCCGAGCGACAGAUCGAGGCUCUGCCCAAAUCCAGCAGCGCCCGGCUCACUUUCCAGCUCAGUCGCCAAGAGAUAGUGUCUCUCCUCAAUGCCUUUGGAAGGAUUUCAACCAGCAUCAGAGAGUUGGAGAACUUCCGAUCACUGCUGUCUAAGGUCCGGUAGCCUGAGCCCACACGUCCCUACAGAGAGCCACAUACCCACAAAAGAAUAACCAGGCUGAUUAGAAAUGAUUCAAAAUACAACAGCAUCAGCAUGUAGCUGGGGUGUUUGGGGCUGCUGAAAGACACAAGUGAAAGUCCUGACAAGUGACUUACAAGGGGUCUAACUAAACAAACAAAGGAACAUGGGCCGUAGCCAAUCCCCUUUGAGCUACUUGCCAAUAAGGGUGUCUACAGUUCGAAUCAGAGUUUGAGUAUUUGUUACAUUGUUUUUUUUUUAUUGUUCCGGUUGGCUUCACAUGCGGGUCACAAAUGUCAAACGAACUAAAAUUCCUAAACAAAACCACCUGGCCAUUCAAGGCAUAGUUUUUUUGGACAAAAAUGCUCACGUUAAAUCAAUCUGAUUAUCAUGAAGCAUCACUGUGUCCCAAUCUUCAUAUUAUUUUGUUAUUCCAAAAACAUGCGGGAGGAAACAACGCAAUCCAUGCUCUAACUGCUACGUGAAUUGGCAAUAUUCAGUAGCCUAUAUCCCCGGUAUAGUAUGGAACGCUGUUUGCGUCUUUGCGUGUCAAAAAAGAUACACGUCAAAUAACACUAUUUGACACGUUAAAUAAGCUUUUAAAGUCACACGUCAAAUAACACAGUUUAAUUGUAGAAUCUUGUGUUGGACCGCAACUUCUGGUAUUCUUCAGUUCAUGAAAAGAAAUAGCUAGCCAGCUACUAAACCCUGUUGCCCAAAGCUAACGUUAUAAGCAGCCAGCUAGCUUCAUGAGGCACGGGUUAUGUGUUAUGAAGCUUAGGCACAAUAUUGGAAUUUGCUGUUUGCCUUUUUGAAAGUGAUGCAAAAGGUUACAAUUGGUGGAAUCCUGCCUUAUUUAGACUAGAUAAUGUCAAACAAGGUUGGAAUGUGAAGCGAUGAAAUGGGGUGUCAGUCUACUUUGGUGACACACACAGAACACAACUGUGAAGGGUUUACGCAAAUAUUAGCGCUGUAGCUCUUAUCGCAGGACUGUGACUGUGGGAAAUCACCUCCCCAGUCAGCCUAUUGUGUAUUGACGUUCAUAUUGCACUGUACAGCUUUACCUAAGGA